UUCGUCACCUACGGCGAGGACGGGGCCCGCCGGGAGGAGCACCCCGUCGUGCAGGACAACUGCUUCUACCAGGGCGAGGUGCAGGAGAGCCCCGGCUCCCUGGUGGCCCUUAGUACCUGCGGCAGGGGGCCCCAUGGCGUGGUCUGGGUGGAGGAUGGCACUUAUGAGAUAGAGCCCGUCCCUGAUGAUCCAGCCUUCCGGCACAUCAUCUACCGCAUGGAGGAGGCCAGCGACCCCCUGGGUCCCACCUGCGGGCUGACUCGGGAGGAGCUGCAGCGCCAACAGGCUUUGGUGCCCUGGUUCAAGGUCCUGCGGGUGAAGGAGGAGGAAGAGGAGGAGGAGAAGAUGCUGAAGGAUUGGUGGACACAUGUCAGUUAUGUGAAGAUAGUAGUGGUCGUGGACAACGUGCGGUUUGUGAAGUCGGGCAGGAACGAAACUGAAGUCUUGAGGCAAGUCAUAGAAGUCAUCAACAUUGGAGAUGCUCUCUACGAACAGCUUUCUGUUCGGCUGUUUCUUGUGGGAUUGGAGAUCUGGACCAAAAGCAACCUUAUAAACAUUACGAGCUCUGUCAGCAAGGCACUUGACGACUUUAACAAGUGGCGAAAGUCAGACCUGUCUCCACGGAUGCGCCAUGAUACCGCUCACUUGUUUGCAUUUCAGAGCUUUGGAAGGAGCCUGGGAUUGGCAUUUCUAGGGUCCAUAUGUGAUAACCAGUGGUCAUCAGCAGUUGCUUCCUUCACCAACAGGAGGUUGUCCUCAUUUAUUACCACAUUCGUCCACGAGCUGGGCCAUAAUCUUGGAAUGAACCAUGAUAAACCGGGCUGUAAAUGCAGACGAAAGAAAUGCAUUAUGUACGAAAGUGACGUUGACACCGAUGCGUUCAGUGACUGCAGUUACAAAGACUACUUUGACCUGCUUGGGAGUGGUGCCAACUGUAUUCGUCAACCACCAGCACCUGGCACUUUCUACACCUUGAAGCAGGAAUACUGUGGGAAUAAGAUAGUAGAAAGCGGAGAGCAAUGUGACUGUGGUUCACAAUCAAAAUGCAGAAAGGAUUCUUGUUGUCACCCGAACUGUACAUUUACUGCAGGUUCAGUCUGUGCUUCAGGAAAAUGCUGCAAGAGCUGUCAGAUCCUUCCAGCAGGAACACUCUGCAGAGCAAGUACUGGCGACUGUGACCUGCCAGAGUAUUGCAAUGGGACUUCCCCUCAGUGCCCGCCAGAUGUGUACAUACAGGAUGGAACCCCUUGCAAAGAUGAUGCUUACUGUUAUCGAGGCAAAUGUUCAUCCCACAGUAAACAGUGCCAGCAUCUCUUUGGCAAACAAGCCAGGGCCGCUCCUUUAGAUUGCUUCAAAGCAGUGAAUACUCAAGGUGACCGUUUUGGGAACUGUGGUAUUCGUAACGGUAUCUAUUUUACAAAAUGCAGUAUUGAAAAUAUCUUAUGUGGUAGGAUCCAGUGUGAAAGCUUAAACAAGUUGCCUUUCUUGCCGAACCAUGUAUCACUAGUCCAAACCCCCGUUGGAAGUAAAAAGUGUUGGGGUCUCGACUAUCACGUAGGGAUGCCAAUAGCUGACGUGGGGGCUGUGGAAGACGGCACGCCAUGUGGUACUGAUAAGCUUUGUAUCAACAGGACAUGUACCAGCAUAUCGCUGCUGAACUACGACUGUAACAUGACAGUGUGUCAUGACAGAGGAGUGUGUAACAAUCAUAAGAACUGUCACUGCAGAUAUGGCUGGGCUCCUCCAUAUUGUGAGUGGGAAGGGUUUGGAGGAAGUGUUGACAGUGGACCCCCUCCAGCCAUGACGAUUUUUCAGAGAACAAAACCAGCAGUAAUAGUACUUAGCCUUCUUUUUCCCUGUAUCCUUGGAGUAGCCCUUACCAUGUGUUAUAAACAGGACAUAAUUGGAUGGCUUAGGAGAAGGCAGCCCAAUUCCACAGAAAUAGCAACUGUUUCGAAUAGCAUGCCAGCAGUUCAGCCUAAAGGAGAGCACCUGCUG